AUGUCCUCCACCCGGAGCUUACGGCCCCACCCGCCGAAGGGCGCCGACAAAAAGGCCCCGCCCUUGGAGCCGACCUUCGCCGCGCCGAAGCCCGUCCGCCCUGCAAAGAGCCUGCUGCAGGCGCCGGUACCACAGUGGACCGACCGCCCGAGCCCGCCCGGCUACACCAGCUUUCCGCCACCACCAAGCCCGGCACCGGCCUCCGCUAAGGGAGGCUCACCAGCGCCGCGGGGAUCGGCCACAGGGUCUUCUGCAGGAAACAACGGCACCCGCUCGAACCUCCGCAGUCCGGGGCCGAACGCGUUGACGAGCUUCCCUCCGCCGCCCCCGACACCGCCGCAGACCGAUGAACCGAGCUACUUUCCUAAGGGCGCCGUUGCACCGGCCCCAUCCAGCCAGCUGAAGAAGUCUACUUCCGCCUCUGCCACCUCGACUACAUCAAAGACCAAGAGCCAGACCACCGUGUCCCAGACAGAGCUGCGUCCAGGCCACUUCGACAUUGACAACCUCAAAGAAACCCUCCAAAACCUCCGCUUCGCACCCUCGCCCAUGCUGUCUACCAUCUACUCCGUCCCGUCCACCCCCCGAGAGGAGGUCUCCACCCCCGACUUCACCGCCAGCACCACGUCCUGCUUCACCCCUCCCUCAACCAACCCAACCCCGGAACCAGUCGUCCUCACUCCCCGCGCACUCCCUCCCCAGGAACCGCUCACCUCGCCAAGCCGUCCCCGCGCAAACUCCCGCAGAGCCACCCCUCCCAGCCGGAAGCGCGGCCGCGGCGUCGUCGCCUGCAUCGACACCCCCGUUACCUUCCCCUCCACAUGGUACACCCACCCGACCGCCCCCGACUUCCCCAUCUGCUCCCGCUGCUACGAGGACCACCUCCUCGGCACCCGCUUCGAGAACGACUUCCGCGGCAAGCUCUGCGAGGACAAGAAGCCUCGCGCGUGCCGCUUCAGCAAGCCCCGCGUCAAGGACCACCUCCUCCAGCAGGCCCUCAUCACCGGCCGCAUCGACGACCUCACCGCCUACCUCCGCCUCCGCAGCGCCCUCCCCGACUGCCGCGGCACCGCCGGCGUCCCCGGCUCCGAGGGCACCAAGUGGCUCCGCCCCAAGAACAACGCCGUCCCUAACAUGGUCGUCUGCCGCGCCUGCUACGAAGACCACAUCCAGCCCUUCCGCUGCGCCGCCAACUUCGAACCCGCCUCGUCCCAGCCCGCCUCCGACGUCUGGGCCUGCGAUCUCGCCAUCCCCUACAUCCGCAACAUCUACAAGACCAAAGCCGCAGAGGCCCACGACUGGAAGGGCUUCACCGCCGCCGCAUCCUCUCGCAUGGCCAUCACCCCCUGCGCCAAGCGCCAGAAGGUCGCCGUCGGCUCCCGCGAGUGGUUCACCCCCUCCACCGGCAGCAUGAAGGGCGUCCUCAUCUGCGCCGCCUGCUACCACGACCACGUCCUGCUCUCCGGCGAAGAACACCGCUGGCGGCCCGCCGGCGACAACCUCGCCUCCCGCUACGGCAGCAUGGUCCACUGCACCCUCGGCCACUUCAACAUCGGCAUCGCCAUGUCCCGCGCCCAGGAGACCCGCGACUUCGCCAUCUUCUGGAAGGCCCUCGACACCGCCGUCCACGCCGACUUCUGCUCCCCGGCCGGCAUCCGCGACGGGACCUGGUACACCUUCCCCUCGCACCCGCCGUCCUUCUCCAUCUGCGCCGCCUGCGUGGCCACCGUCGCGGAGCCCCUCGGCCUCGCCGCCUCGCUCGUGCCCACGUGCGGCGUCGCCCCGGGCACGACGCACCUCUGCGCACUCAACCCGGCCGCCUCCCCGCGCUUCGCGGCCUACCUCGCCAAGCUCCUCGAGGGCUUCUUCAUCGCCGACACGCGCCCGCUCGAGACGUAUGCCCUCGAGUUCGCGAGCCUGCCGCUCUGCCCUCGCGACGAGGACGCCCAGAACCGGCGCUGGUACGGCUGGAAGGAGUGCACCAUCUGCCCGGCGUGCUACCACGAGUUCGCGCGCGGGACCGCGCUUGCGCCGCGCAUGCAGCUGAAGGGGGAGACCGCGCCCGUGAGUCUGAUGUGCGAGAUGUACUCGCCGCGCAUGCGUGCGCUCUACGUGGACGCUUGCGCGAAGGGGGACCCGGCGGAGUUGCUGAAGGCGUCGAGGAAGAGGAGGGAGGUGUAUGUCGAGACGGUGCCUGUGAUUCGGGAGGCGAUCGACGAGGCGCAGAUGGCGCUGGGUAGACGGCGGUUGUCGAAUGUUGCGGGCUCGCCGACGGGUAUUGUACAUGAUAUCUCGAUCAAGGGUGCGUUUUCAGGUGCGAGUCAGCAGCCUGCAUCACUUGCGGCUGGGUUGGUUUCUGGGUCGAAGGCGCUUAUUAUUGAAAAGCUGGAGAAGAGAUGGAGGGAGGUUGAAUGA